CCAGAUGUGGCUCAACAUCCAGAUAAAAGACGACUGACCCCCCCUCAGUCUUCUUGGCAAAGUCAAGAGCAGAGCAGAGGGCAGGGAACAGCAUUGAAGGAUACCCCACCCCUCACCCCCAAUCUAGUUGUCCUCAUUUCCUGCGUGUACUGGUCUCUUGAGCGUUCAAAACUGUUUCUUCAAAGGUUUUUUCAAAAACUCAGACUGUUUUCCAAAGCAGACACGGCGCAGCCCUCCCAGGCAGAAGCAAUGGGGAGCGUACGGGCUGGCCGCUACAGCAUCGUGUCCUCCGAUGAAGACGGCAUGAAGCUGGCCACAAUGGCUGCACCCAACGGCUAUGGCAAUGGCACCGGCAAAGUACACACGUGGCAGCAGGCCCAGAGCCGCUUUGUCAAAAAAGACGGCCACUGCAAUGUACAGUUUAUCAACAUGACUGAGAAGGGUCAGCGCUACUUAGCAGACAUCUUCACCACAUGCGUAGAUGUCCGCUGGCGCUGGAUGCUCAUCAUAUUUUGCCUGUCUUUUGUUCUCUCCUGGUUGUUCUUUGGCUGCAUCUUCUGGCUGGUAGCCCUCUUCUACGGGGACUUGGGGAACAGUUCCCAGAAGUGUGUCUCUAAUGUCAACAGCUUCACAGCUGCCUUUCUUUUCUCAGUUGAGACGCAAACAACCAUCGGCUAUGGCUACCGCUACGUGACAGAGGAGUGCCCGAUUGCUGUCUUCAUGGUAGUCUUCCAGAGUAUUGUGGGUUGCAUCAUUGAUGCCUUUAUCAUCGGCGCGGUCAUGGCCAAGAUGGCCAAGCCCAAAAAGAGAAAUGAGACACUAGUAUUCAGUCACAAUGCCACCAUAGCCAUGCGUGAUGGGAAGUUAUGCCUCAUGUGGCGGGUGGGCAACCUACGCAAGAGCCACUUGGUGGAAGCCCAUGUUCGAGCCCAGCUUCUCAAAUCCCGGACCACCGCCGAGGGAGAGUUCAUCCCACUGGAUCAAGUGGACAUAGAUGUGGGCUUUGACAGUGGCAUUGAUCGCAUUUUCCUGGUCUCACCAAUCACCAUCGUACAUGAGAUCGAUGAGGACAGCCCAUUUUAUGAUAUGAGUAAACAGGACCUGGAGAGCUCAGAGUUUGAGAUUGUCGUUAUCCUGGAGGGCAUGGUGGAGGCUACCGCCAUGACCACCCAGUGCCGCAGCUCCUACUUGGCCGGGGAGAUCCUCUGGGGCUACAGAUUUGAGCCUGUCCUCUUUGAGGAGAAGAACUACUACAAGGUGGACUAUUCACGUUUCCAUAGAACCUACGAGGUGCCCAGCACCCCAAUGUGUAGUGCAAGGGACCUUGCAGAAAAGAAGUGUAUCAUGUCCAGCUCUAACUCCUUCUGCUAUGAAAAUGAGGUGGCUCUGAUGGAAAAAGAGGAGACGGACGAGGAUGAUGAGGAGAACGAGGGCAGCAGCACAGGAAUCGAAGGCGUAAUCACGGGCGUGAUCUCUGACUUGGACCGCAAUCAGGCCACUGUGCCUCUGGAAUCUAGGUUGUUGAGACGAGAGUCUGAAAUAUGACCACACAGUUAUGAGAAUGAAAUUUUCGCUAAAAAGUAACAGUUAAAAUAAACACAAGGUGAUGCGAGACCACUGAGGUACUGCCACAGGUACUGUAGUUGUAGGACAUAAACAGUCUUUCUCUUUAAUAAAACAGUUGAAGGAAAAAACUAUUAAAAGAUAAAAGAAAGGUUUAAGAAAUCACAGCACUGAGGUGUGUGCCUUGGCCGUGGAAUUGUCUGGCAGUUAGGGAAAUACUGACAUGUACUCUUGGAAAAAGCACUAUGCAUGUAUGUGUGACAUAAACUUGCAGCAAUAAGGCAGGCAAUACAGUCUGACUUUGUCAAAACUUGAAAAACAGCAGGCAUGUCUCAUUGCCAGUCCAGCUAAACACCACAAAUAAGAUGGGUUAAGUGGUGUGGUUUUAGUGUGCAUUUGAUUUAUCAGCCUUAUCGAUGUUGCUGCUAAAGAUAGAAUGUUCAGAGGUUGACCUUUUGUCGUACAAAGAGCAAAGAGUACCUAAAACGACAAAAAAAGCACUUUAUAAGAGUGUGUUUGUUUGUACGCAUGACAUACUCAACAACCUAUCGUCUAACAUCAAAAGCCAAAGAAGUUUUCUAUUUUUGCACAUUAACGUAUGUAUUUAAGCUAAUCUGCUUUGUAGCUCUUUCAAUUUGUUGCACGUUCACUCAUACAGAAGCAAAGAAAGGCCAGUUCAAGCUCCUGAAUUUUUUCCACUGUUGUUACAGUGGGUCUUCUGUCUUCCAAAUCCUUUUUACUACAUGCCGGACUGUGCUUCUAUGGGUUCCAGGAGUGAUCCAUGAAGAAUCAUGUAUCACAGCUGUCUCCCUGAGGCAAGAAUCUUAAACGGGCAUCGUUCAUGUCAACUCUACACCAAGACAACCAGUCAAGAAGCUUACAAAAAGUCCCUUUGGAAUUGUGGAUUUCAUGUUACUUUAUCAGUGAUAUAACAGUUGUAAUGCCUAUUUUCUUCUUUUUAAAUGUACUUUUAAUCUGUUAAUGAGCUGGUCUCUUAAUAGGACAACGGUUUUUAAGUUUUUAUUUAUUUAUUUUCUUAGUAUGGGGCCACUUUUUUGUAAUCUUGAGACGUAAUGUGACGUCACCCUUCUCUUCACAGCAUAAUCCCAUUCUGGUUUGGCACCUAAAGCAUGGUCGAGCAUUCAAGGGAGUGUGCCGUGGUCCCAGUUAGGGGCUGAACCAGAGCUUAUUUAUAGCAGCUUGGCCCAUCUUCUUAUUGUUAAUUUGUACCACCAGUGUGAGGUUAUACGGUAGCUGUGCUCUCUAAGAUUAAUCACCUAUACACAUUGGUCAAGAGAAGAUGUUAUUUGAAGGUAUUAAAAAUUUCUGCUCCCCCAGCUGCAAAUCCCAGCAGCGCUUUAACAAAGAGACCUCUGAAGCUAGCUGGAUUUAUGGUGACAUGCCUGCCUUCAGUCAGCAGCAUUAUGGGGUAACUCUGUCGCUGGACAGACUACAGGCCUUGUGAUAAAAACAUCCUUGGUUGCAUGUAGCUGAGCAAAUGAAUGUUUGUGAUAAAGCGUCGCUAAUUUACGUAUUGUCAGCUUUUUGACGGUGGAUUGAUGCCAAACUGUUACAUGUUCUGUAUGUUCAUGUGUAUUUUGAAAUAAAGCCAAAUAAGGGGAGACUAUUUCUGAAGGUAGAGAAGCACAAAGACUUUCAGCACGUGAACCAGCAAAAAAAAAAAAAAAAAAAAAAUUAGAAAAUAAAAACAGGUGUAAUUUCUUCAAACUGCUUCAAUACUAAUCUUUCUAUUUUCUUAAUGCACCAUAGAUGUUAGAGAAAGCCUGUUAGAUUAAAGCCAAAUGUGAAAAAAGGUAAAAUAAUUUCUAUACUAAAAAUGAGCAAUUUCUAACAAGUAGCAAAUAUACCGUAUAUGUGUAAAGGUCUAGAGUGUGGUUUUUGACUUUUAUAUAGAUAUUUCACCUCUCAGAGGUUUUUGACAUUGAAUUAAUUUAGUAUUAGUCCCAAAAGGAUCACCUGCCGUAUUCCUGGAUUAUUUCUUGCUCCAUUCUUUUCCAAGCUGUUGUCAGUAUCGCUCAUCCUCUCUGAUACAUUCUUUAUGAUGAACCUCAUUGUGUACAAAAUGGGAGACAAUCACUGUUUUAAAUCACUUUAGCCACAGAGGAUGGGCAGCCCAUACUGCAGGGAAAUCUCUUACGUGCAUAUGCUUGUCCACUCAAGGCAUUUUGGCACCCUUUUCAUGGGUAGCCUUGGUUGUAGUGACCACAGCACAGUGGCUGUGGACCGUGGAGUGUCCAGCAGUGGACACAGUUAUGCCACUGGACCGGAGCCAUUGCUUAAAAAAAAAAGCUUUGCGAGAUUAACCAGAGCCCACAAGGUGUUCCUGCAGUGUCCCUUCAUUGAGACCUGGCUUUGGUGUUCAGGCUGGCCUAAAGCCACCUUACUCCUGUAGUCCUCACAGGCCUUCCAUUAGUGGAAUGCUUAAGUGGACAAAGCCCACAGUCUAGUGGAUGCAAACAAUGCAACAGAAGACAGCGGCAGUUUUAACAGAUUCCAUGCAACAAAUCACAGGCAUCAGCAAAUAUUGUUCAGCAACAUCUUUUUCCGGCACCUAUUCUCUGUAUGUACCAGACAGUCAUGGCACGUUUUGUAUCUAUUGUUUACUGUCAGGAAAAUAAUGUAUAUUUGAGGGGUUGAAAGACCUUUGGAUGACAACAAGGCUGGUGGAUUCUUAAGUGAGCCCUUUGAAACUGGUAGGGUUCCCAAGGGGAAACACCUGAGCCAUCUGCCUGCAAGGCUUUUCUGCUUUUUGUGUUGCCGGCCGAAGGUCUCAUGGAACUUUUGUCCCUGUGAAUGACCCCUUCACAUGUGCAAUUGUUUUUGUAUCUCUCUCUUCCUACUGUACCCUGAG